CACACCUCUCGUGUUGUGUUUGUUUGUUUGUUUCGAACAGGCAGUCUCUCUUCUGUUUUUGUUGUUGUUGUUUUUCUUUUUGGGCGAAUGCUGCUCUUGUACGACCCGCAAACGCCGCCCGGCUCGGCGACUGCAGAGCUCGUCCCGACCUUGAACAACGCCGGUCUGCCAUGCCGCUGCUCUGCCAACGCAGCAGGUGCAUGUGUAACAAGUGAGGCACAACUUCCGGCCUGUGUCUGUGGCAGCAGCAGCAGCAGCGAGGGGAAUUUCACCUCUCGACCGGCUUCCGCACCUCAAGCGCGCAGCAGCAACACCUCGGCCGUUUUCGCACGCAUGGUGCCCAACCCCGUCUCCGUUGUGCUGCCCGCAAAGGAAGAAGCACAGCCAGGAACAGUUCUGCGGGCGGGACUGGUCCAGGCAGCCUCCAUUCCUUCCAACGAACGGGACAUCUUAGCGCACAAUUUUGGACAGGCCGGCCAGCUUUCCACGACGCUCGCCCUGGCGUCCUCCAACUCGCAGACCCGCCUCCUUCUCCCUUCCCCACUAUCGACAGAGCCCAAGCUGGCGUCCGAGGCUGCCUUGGGAGGGGCAGGCGGCCACGAGUCUACUCGUUCGUUGGCCGGUGCAAACUUGAACGCUCCCCACUUUUCCACCGAGAAGCCAUUGCCAAAACUUGAAAUUGGCAAGGCCUCUGCGUUCUCGCGUGCCCUUGUGAGCCAAAUCACAUCGGACAUGGAUCAGAGCAGUGACGAAACGACCACGGGCACUGAAAAUGACCACUCGGUAAUUGCCUCCGUUCCUCCGCCGGCCACCCAGGACGGAUGCGACAGCAAUUCGCCGAAGACGCUUGGCUCGAGUCGCGUGUCGAUGCCUGCGGUCGAUUUGACUGCGGCCACCACCAUGGCAACUACUCAAGCUCGCCAACCUGCCACCACCAAAUCCACCUCUGUUGUCACCCAGCCCACGCCUCGAACACCCUCCUCCUCCGUUCUGCCCUUCGGAAGCCCUCCGCGUGACAUGCUGAUGAACUUUAACUCGUUGCCGGGCUCGCCCAUUCUGCCCGGGACGGCUUCUCAGCAAGGCGUAGCGGGCAUGAUGCCGACGCCCCGAACAACAUCGCCUGCCAGUCUGCGCCGCAUGGCCUUGAGACUGCGCGUCACGCCCAGCGAGUGGCAGACACCCCCGCUCUCGUGCUCGUCCGCGUCCUCCGACACAACCAAUCGCGGUGGACUCGGCGACCAGCUGACCGACGACACAGAAACCGACAUGACGGACAUGGACGACCAUCUCAGCACUCAGCUUGACGCUCUGCCGUCGUUUGAAGAGUUUUCAGAGUCGUCCUCGAUGAGCUCGCUCUGCAGCACCUAUGGUGACAUCAACUGGAGCAGGUUGGAAAACUCGAUCAACAACAUUUCGCAGCCGCUGCCUGAGGGCACCAACUCGGCCAGCUGCACUCCGCUCAGCGUAUCCCCCGCCCUGAUUGCUCAGUCGCCGCUUGCCAGCAAGCGCAAUCGUCGUAGCAGCCCGUAUCUCUCGCCGCUGAAUCUCAGCCCGGCGCGUCCCUCGGCCAACCCCGACCGAAGCGCAGGUGCGACAUCGGCUGCUGUCUUGAACUCGGCCAGCUCUCCGCCGUUAUCGCGCUCGGCUGCCCAAGUCAGUGCUAGUGCUGGCGUCACCCCCAUGUACACUCCAUCCAUUUCGACGCACGACAUGCACCACGACAACCUGUACUCGGACACCACGGCCGCCUUGCUCAGCGUUAACGAGGAAGUCGCCAACGACUCGGCAGACCUGAUCGCCACACGCAGCCUGCCCGAGUUCCCCGCGGCCAGCCUUGCCGGGAGCGUCUGCGACAUGGAGCUGCCUCCGCUGGAUGCGCCCGAGCAAAUUCAGUACGCUCAGGUCGUGUCGACGCUUGGACUGUCCGCCCAGCGCCGAGCCUCUGGCCUGCGGUCCUUGUCCACCACCAUUCUGCCUUCGGAGGAAGGCAUGGGCUUUGCCGCCAGCGUCACGUCGUCGCGCAUGCGACAAGCCGUCUGGGAGCUGCAAUUGGCCGACAUUGCCAUUGAAACCUGCGUGGGCGUGGGCUCGUUCAGCAAAGUGUACACGGGCAUGCUUCGAUCCGAGCGCGUUGCCAUCAAAAAGCUCACUUGCACGGACAAGGCCCCGGCCAACCUCACCACAGAGCUGCGCGAGGAGGCGGAGCUGCUUGGCUACCUUUCGCACCCCAACAUUAUCCGAUUCAUGGGCGCAGUCCUCACCGAGCCCGACUUUUGCAUUGUCAUGGAGUUUGCCACGGGAGGCACUCUCUCCCAUCGACUCGCAAAGGGCGAGCCCGCGGAGGCACCGCUCUUGCACGCGUGGAUGAUGCAGCUGGCGUCCGCCAUGUACUACCUCCACUUUUUGGCGCCGUUCACUGUCAUUCACAGCGAUCUCAAGUCGGCCAACAUUCUUUUGGGCAAGGACGAUGCCAUCAAGCUGACCGACUUUGGCCUGGCUCGUCGCAUCUGCUCCUCUGGCGACCGCGCGAUCGACUUUCUGAACUCUAGCGCAGACUCGAGCCCCGCCGGGUCGUCCACCGCCGGUACGUUUGGCUGGAUGAGCCCCGAGGUCAUCCGUGGCAGCCGCGUGACGCGUGCCUCCGACGUCUGGAGCUAUGGCGUCGUGUUGUGGGAAAUGCUGACUCGCGAAGUCCCGUUCAACGGUGUGGACGGUCUUGCUGUGGCCUAUGGUGUCGCCACUGGCCGUCUGAGCUUGACCAUUCCCGCCACUCUGCCCGAGCCUCUGGCGCAGCUGCUUCGCGACUGCUGGGCGAGCGAUGCGUGCAAUCGACCCGACUUUGGGUCGAUUAUGACUCGCCUCGAGGCUGUUGGCCGAGGCGCCUUUGUGCACACGCGCAGUCGCAUGCUGGCUGCGCUGCAGGCGCACUGGCGCGCAGACGUUUGCCAGGACAUCAGUAUCGUCCGUGCUCUGAACAUUGGUGCCGACGUUCGUCGCUUGGUACUCAUGCAACGCUCGCGCCGGCACAUGGACGAGGCGCUGCAACGCGUCCGCCUGGAACGUGACGAGAGCGAGUGCGACGGAAUGGUUCGCUCUGAUUCGAAUCAAAGCCGUCAUGUGGUCACCUUCAGCGACCAGCCGGCAGAGCCUGCCGCUUCCUCGGUUGCAGCCAGCGCCAAUGCGAACGAGCAAGUUGCGUCUAGAAUCCCUCCUCACAUGCCCAUGCGCGCAACCAACCAGCAGCCAACGUCCAUUCUGAAGAAGAAGAGCGCGGUCGACAUGAAAGCCGCCACCGAUUACAGCAGCUCUACGACUUGCCUUCCUGCCGUGGACAUUGCCACCGGAGGAAAGAGUGCUUUGGCGGCUGCUACCAGCGCUCAGUUUGCCCAACCUCUCGUCACCCAUGCAACCACGACCGCGGCAGCCGCUGCUGCAAACGCCAACGAUCGCGCCGGCAUGCUGGACGCGGACUUGCCACCCAAACGCGCCGCUUUUAGCGCCCUGCUACCCCCGAUUGCUCCACCAGUGUGCAAACAAACAACGUGCUCGCAUCUGUCCAUGUGCUCGUGCUUUGGAAGCGGGUCGGUUCAGCCUGGUAAUGUCUCGUUGAGUGGCAUCGUCACCACCCCAGUGCGCAACUCGCGCAUGAAGCGCACAGUCACCCCUACUCUGCCUUACAUUCGCCACAUCAGCCAGGAUGGGGACACGCUUGCCAGUGCCCUGCCACACAGCGCCUCGUCACUCGACUCGCCGCAGCUGCCCCCGCCUCGUCAAGUUGGGCGUGCCUCGGACUGUACCCUCAACUUGCCCUCGUCAACGCUGUUUUCGGGCCGCGUCAACGCGAACCAGCGUUUGCCAUCGUCCGCAGACCCUCUUCCAGCGACCACCGACAAGGAGAAGGAGGAGAAGGAGACGCGGACAGGCUCGCAAUCGAUUCCAACCUUGCCAGAGGUGUCGCCGAUGGCUCCAAGGCUGACUCAUCGUCGCUGCCGCUCGCACAGCAACCCCGUGAUUGUCCCGAUUGCUUUGCGAACCACAUCACUCACCGAGCCAAUGGACACCCUUACUGUUGGACCGGCCUCGCUUCCUCGCGAUUCGGCCUUCCCUCCGCCACCGCCUUCUGGUACCACGCCAGUUGGCGGCACCCACUCCUCGGCCUCUAUGCAAAGCGCGGAUGCGCUCUCUUUGAGCGGCUCUGACUGCAGGCCAAUCUCUUUGGCCAUGCGCAAGCCGCCAGUGCUGGCCAGCUCGCUCUCCAUCAAUCCGGAAGAUGACUGUCCCAGCUCCAAGAUGUUUGUCCGACGCGCCGAAUCGGCCGCGCACCGACGAACGUCGCAGACACUGCCCUUGCCGCAUGGCCGAGUCACCAAUUGCGAUCCCGUUUUGGAUUACCAGGACUGGCGUCGCACGAAUCGCGCCUUGCAGUCCAAUCGAUUGAGCGCCACAUCGAUGACACUGGUCCAGUCCGCCGCGGCGUCUCCAGAAGCCUCGCAGGGCGAGCUGACCGACAAGUCCAAUGUUUCAAACGAUUCGAUCCUUGAAGAGUCGGAUUCGUUGGAUGAUGGCAUUGUGCGGCUGCACUUUUCGGACAACCAGGAAAAGUUUGCACACGCGACCGCACGCGAGCAUGACAUUUCUUCUGCAGUUCCAGUCCCUCGAGUUACGGUGGACGCAGGAGGCCGCACUUCUCCUGGCACUUUGACACAAACCGCGCUUGCGGAAGUCCCAUGCAUGGCACAGCGCGGCAGCAGCAAAUCUUCCGCCUUUGCGCAUUGGAUGACCACGACGUUCAACCUCGUGCGUCCAAAGAACAAGAGAGCUUGAAUGCUUUUGCUUUUUGGUUGAUUCUUAAUUCUUGAAUUGUGUUUUUUCUCCUUUCUUAGCUUUAGCUUUGUAAACCGCUAUGCCUUUUGUUAACAACCCCCCCCCCCGCUCCUCCGCUUUCCUUGCUCGCUUGUAAAUGAUUCUCCGUUAACUGAAUUAAAAACCCACUCUUAUUCAAACCAA